GAUUAAAGCCAACUGCGCUGUUGAAAAUUUGUGAGUGGGUCACAAAGAAAGGCGUGAGCUGAGGAGGAAAAGCUUUAAGGGAUAGAGAGAGGCAUCCAUCCCCCGAAGAUUUUCCAGCCAAUCUUUGUUUGUAAUCGCCACGAAACAGCGAAGAAAGUGGAAUCCCAUCAUCAUCAUCAUUUGGAAAGUAAAAGUUAAAGGUAAAGAGGGGGAAGGGGAGGGGGAGGAGCGCAGAUUUGAAAGAGAGAGAGAGAGAGAGAAAUAAAGGGGAGAAAUCGGGGAAGAAGGAGGGUUUAGAAGGACGAAUUCGAUGAUGCAGACUCAGAGGACGCUCGAGAGCCAGCAAUCGCUGAUGCAAUCGGGCCAGAUUUCGGGGAGUUUGAGCUUCAACGGGAGUUUGAGCAAGGAAGACGAGGAGAUGUCGAAGUCGGCGCUCUCCACUUUCAAAGCCAAGGAGGAGGAGAUUGAGAAGAAGAAGAUGGAGGUUAAGGAGAAAGUUCAAGCGCAGCUCGGUCGAAUUGAGGAAGAAACUCGUCGGUUGGCCACUAUUCGCGAGGAAUUAGACUCCCUCGCCGAUCCGAUGAAGAAGGAAGUCUCUCUUGUUCGUAAGAAAAUCGAUUCCGUCAACAAGGAGUUAAAGCCACUCGGGCAGACAUGCCAGAAGAAGGAGAAAGAAUACAAAGAGGCCCUUGAGACGUUCAACGAAAAGAACAAAGAGAAGGUACAGCUGAUUACAAGAUUGAUGGAGUUGGUGAGCGAAAGCGAGAGGUUGAGGCUGAAGAAGCUUGAGGAACUGAGCAAGAACAUAGAAACAAUACGCCCCGCCUAAUCACGUUCACGCUCCCGGUUCGGCAUUCUAAUUAGGAUUGUGUGAUGUAUUUAAGAGAGUCAUUUCUAUUUAUAUAUAUAUAUGUGUAUGUAUACAUACAGCUUGUCGGGUGUUCUUCGAUCGAUCGGGUUUGGUUGUGCGUCGUCUUCAUCAUUUAGCUGGGAGAGAAUUCUCUCCUGUUCUUUGUUCAUUUUCUUUUAACAGGUUUGUAUUUUGUAACUAAAACAGGUCUCUUGGAACCAUGGAUUCUUCCAAAAUUCCUUUUUCUUUUUUUUUUUCUGAAUUUUCAUUCAUUGACUCUUUGUAUUUA